UACUGGCACAGAGAAUAAACUGAGUACACUGUCAGACCUGGACCAGCAGUAUCGGACCCUUCGUAAAUACUACGAGAACUGCGAGGUGGUGAUGGGUAACCUCGAGAUCACCAGCAUCGAUCGCAGUCGUGACCUGUCCUUUCUUAGGUCCAUUCGUGAGGUGACGGGCUAUGUGCUUGUGGCUCUAAAUCAGUUUGAAUAUCUGCCCCUGGAGAAUCUUCGCAUCAUCCGCGGCACCAGGCUGUAUGAAGACCGCUACGCCCUGGCUGUAUUCCUCAACUACCGCAGAGACGGCAACUUCGGUCUCCGUCAGCUUGGCCUUAAGAACCUCACAGAAAUUCUGAAUGGAGGGGUGUACGUGGACCAGAACAAGUUCCUGUGUCAUGCCGAUACCAUCCACUGGCAGGAUAUAGUGAAGAACGCCCGCUCUGAUCACCUGGUUGUGCCGUCUAAUAGCAGCAGCUCCUGUCAAAGGUGUCAUAGAGCAUGUAAUGGACGCUGCUGGGGGCCAAAGGAGGACCAGUGCCAAAGCUUGACCAAGACGGUGUGUGCCGAGCAGUGUGAUGGCCGCUGUUUUGGGCCGUAUGUCAGUGACUGCUGCCAUCGCGAGUGUGCUGGAGGCUGUUCAGGACCGAAGGACACAGACUGCUUUGCCUGCACUAACUUCAACGACAGCGGUGCAUGUGUGACGCAAUGCCCACAACCCUUCGUCUACAACCCAACCACGUUCCAGCUGGAGCACAACCCGCGGGCCAAAUACACAUAUGGAGCUUUCUGCGUCAAAAAGUGCCCACAUAACUUCGUGGUGGACCACAGCUCCUGUGUCAGAGCCUGUCCUAGCAACAAGAUGGAGGUGGAGGAGAACAGGAUCAAGAUGUGCAUCCCCUGCACUGAUAUCUGCCCUAAAGCAUGUGAUGGGAUUGGCACUGCCAGCCUUCAGACGGCUCAAACCGUCGACUCCAGCAACAUUGACAGAUUCAUCAACUGCACCAAGAUCAACGGAAAUCUGGUGUUCCUCAUCACAGGCAUUAAAGGGGACAUAUACCACAACAUAGAGCCCUUGGAUCCAGAGAAACUCAAUGUGUUCCGCACUGUUCGAGAGAUCACUGGUUUUUUAAACAUUCAGUCCUGGCCAGAAAACAUGACUGAUUUAAGUGUCUUCGCCAAUCUGGCAACCAUCGGAGGCAGGUCUCUUUACAGUGGCAUCUCUCUUCUGGUGCUGAAGCAGCAGUGGAUUUCAUCACUUCAGCUGCAGUCUCUUAAUGAGAUCAGUGCUGGAAACGUGUACGUCACCAACAACAGUCAACUCUGCUAUUACAACACCGUCAACUGGACACGACUCUUCCGCACUAACACCCAGAAGUCCCUGAUCCGCAACAACCGCGACCCCAAGGAGUGCAUUUUGGAUCGUAUGGUAUGUGACCCGCUGUGCUCUGAUGCUGGAUGCUGGGGUCCGGGGCCCGACCAGUGCCUGUCCUGUCGGUUCUUUAGCAGGGCACGCACCUGUGUUGAAUCCUGCAACCUGCACGAAGGACUGGCCGGCUCUAGGCCCAAGCUGCUCACCAGGCCCUAUGUGGUCGAGAAACGGGAGGCAGGUUUGGAGAGGGAUGUGCGUGAGUUCGCAAAUGGUUCAGUGUGCCUGGAGUGUGACGCGCAGUGUGAGGUGGCAGAUGAUGACGGUCUUACCUGCACUGGGCCUGGUCCUGAUCACUGUGUUAAAUGUCUUCACUUUAAAGACGGACCCAACUGUGUGGAGAAAUGCCCUGAUGGCCUACAGGGAGCAAACAGCUUCAUCUUCAAAUAUGCGGAGGCCAACAAUGAGUGUCACCCCUGUCAUGUCAACUGCACCCAGGGAUGCACAGGGCCUCGUCUGCAAGACUGCAUUGGCAUGAUGGACAGGACUCCCCUCAUUGCGGCUGGGGUUAUUGGGGGAUUGUUUGUGGUGAUCAUCGUGGGCCUGAGUGUUGCCAUAUCAGUCAGAAGGAAGAGCAUCAAGAAGAAAAGAGCCUUGAGACGCUUCUUGGAGACUGAGUUGGUGGAGCCUCUGACGCCCAGCGGUGCGGCCCCAAACCAGGCCCAACUGCGCAUUCUGAAAGAGACUGAGCUGAAACGGGUGAAGAUUCUGGGAGCCGGGGCCUUUGGCACCGUCUACAAGGGUAUCUGGGUUCCUGAGGGUGAGACUGUGAAGAUUCCCGUGGCCAUAAAGAUCUUGAAUGAGGCGACGGGCCCCAAAGCCAAUGUAGAGUUCAUGGAUGAGGCUCUGAUCAUGGCCAGCAUGGAGCAUCCUCACUUGGUGCGGUUACUGGGUGUGUGUCUGAGCCCAACCAUCCAGCUGGUCACUCAGCUCAUGCCCCACGGCUGUCUGCUGGACUACGUGCACGAGCACAAAGACAACAUCGGCUCCCAGUUACUGCUCAACUGGUGUGUUCAGAUCGCCAAGGGUAUGAUGUACUUGGAGGAGAGGAGACUUGUGCACAGGGAUCUGGCGGCUCGGAAUGUCCUAGUGAAGUCCCCCAACCAUAUAAAGAUCACUGACUUCGGCUUGGCUCGCCUUCUGGAUGCAGAUGAGAAGGAAUACAACGCAGAUGGUGGAAAAAUGCCUAUAAAGUGGAUGGCCUUGGAGUGUAUCCACUAUAGGAAAUUCACCCACCAGAGUGACGUAUGGAGUUACGGAGUGACUAUCUGGGAGCUGAUGACAUUUGGAGGAAAGCCGUACGAUGGAAUCCCUACCCGAGAGAUCCCUGACCUCCUGGAGAAAGGAGAGAGGCUUCCUCAACCUCCUAUCUGCACUAUUGACGUCUACAUGGUCAUGGUCAAAUGCUGGAUGAUAGAUGCAGACAGCAGACCAAGAUUUAAGGAGCUUGCAGCAGAGUUUUGCCGAAUGGCAAGAGACCCACAGCGUUACCUAGUCAUCCAGGGGGACGACCGCAUGAAGCUGCCCAGCCCCAAUGACAGUAAGUUCUUCCAAAGUCUGCUAGAUGAGGAAGAACUGGAGGAUCUGAUGGAUGCCGAGGAGUAUUUGGUGCCACAAGCCUUCAGUAUUCCUCCACUGGCAUAUACAACCAGAUCACGCAUGGACCCCAACAGAAACCAGUUCGCAUACCAGGACGGCAGCUUCGGCAUGGAGGAGAUGAUGGCCACUAUCCCACGGGUCGUGGCUGUGUCCGCGGUCAGCCCGGGCUGUUCCGUUCAGAAGCAAUCUAUGUCCCAGCAGGGGGCCUCAGGGUCCUCUGAGGCAUUUGAAGACAGCCGCUGUAAUGGCACUCUCAGGAAGAAGGCUUCACCCAGGGCGAGCACCGGGGAGGACAGCAGUGGCCAGCGGUACAGUGCAGAUCCAACUGUGAUGCUGUGUGAGCGUGGAGCCAGAGCUGAGACCAACCAGGAUGGAUACAUGGGCGCUAUGCAGGACAAAAAGCCCUCAGAUUAUCUCAACCCCGUGGAGGAGAACCCCUUUGUCACCCUUCGCAGAAACGGAGAGGUCCACACUCUUGAGCGAGGUUACCACAGCACCUCCAACGGGCAGCCCAAGGUGGAGGAUGAGUAUGUCAAUGACCCUCUGUACCUCAACACCUUCCAAACCUGUGGGGAAAAGAGUCACGACGUUUUGAGGAAGAAUGGGGUCCCUGUGGCACACACAGCAGUGGCACCAGCAGUAGUAGCAGCAAAUACGGUAACUUCCAACAGUCAAAAUCUUUCCCAAACCAUGCAACCGGCAGCACCCAGUGCCCACAUCUCAACACAGCCACUGUACCAAGGCAAACAAAGCAUUUCCACCCUCUCAGGCCACACCCUCCAUUCUGCCCAUCCCGGACACACCCUCCACCCAGCACACAACCUCCAUCCCGCUCACUCCGGGACCAUCAAAGCCGACAUAAAGCCCAAAAAGACAUUUGACAAUCCUGAGUACUGGCAGCACAGUCUUCCCCCCAAGGCAACUCUCCACAACCCAGAAUAUCUGCAGGACUGCAGCACACGCUUCUUCUAUCGGCAAAACGGUCGGAUCCGACCUGCCGUGGCCGAGAACCAGGAGUACCUGUCAGAGUAUGCGCUAAAACCGGGCACCGUAUUGCCGCCGCCUCCCUACCGCCAGAGGAACACUGUUGUGUAGCAACAACGACCGAGACAAAGAAGGAAAGAUGGAGGUAAAGAGAGAGUCAUAGUGUGUUCUCACCCUGGCUCUCACACCAGCAUCCUGAUCUCUCCGCUCUUCUCUGAACUGGAUUUAACACCCAACCUCCAACAACCUGGAACUGAUCCACUUGGGUGAGCUUCUCCUCCAGAGGCACUGGUCACAUAUGACCACAUCAAUCUGCUUGUCUCUCCUCACUCCAAUCACCAUUAAGACCUUUCCCCCUACCUGACCCCAACUAUCGGAAAGCGAUAUUGUUCCCAACAUAAGGUAGAUGUUACGCUCAUCUCAUUGGAAGCAAGUACUGAUUAUGACAUGCAACGUGGGUCGAUCUAAUAGCAGAGAGGAGUCGAUCAAAUAGCAGAGAGGAGUCAUUCUUUUGUGCAAUUACAGAUAUGUUUAUCGU